UUAUAGAAGAAGCUUCAAUUGCCGACAAUUUUUGCGCUUGUUUCGAUUGGAAAACGUGUGUAAAAGUUGUAAUACAUAUUUUAAGCAGACGAAAACGUUUAAAUAUUUGUCGCGAUGGCUUUGGUUUGUGCACUUACAAACGAGGUACCCGAAACGCCUGUAAUCUCGCCGCACUCGGGCGCCGUUUUCGAAAGACGCGUCAUUGAGAAGUAUAUCCUGGAGAACGGCUGCGAUCCCAUCAAUGGCAAGGAAUUGAAGCAGGAGGAACUCAUUGAAAUCAAGACCCCAGCCGUCGUAAAGCCAAAGCCGCCAAGUGCUACGAGUAUACCGGCAACGCUGAAAACCAUGCAGGAUGAGUGGGAUGCACUGAUGAUACACUCAUUCACACAGCGCCAGCAGUUGCAGACGACACGCCAGGAGCUCUCACAUGCGCUAUAUCAGCAUGAUGCCGCCUGUCGUGUUAUUGCGCGCCUUAAAAAGGAGCUAACUGCAGCGCGCGAGGCUCUGGCCACUCUGAAACCUCAAGCUGGCAUUGUGAAUGCUCCAUCGAUGAUUUCGGAACCAGCACUGGCUGCCGAAGCUGGUGCUGGCGGUGCUCAUCAAAUGGAGCAGGCCGGCAUGAGUGCCGAGGUCAUACAGAAACUGCAGGACAAGGCUACAGUGUUGACACAGGAGCGCAAGAAGCGUGGACGCACUGUGCCCGAGGAGCUCGUAACACCGGAUCAAGUGAAGAACUUCCUGACCGUUGCGUCGCAUCCUGGCCUACACUCGGCUUCAGUGCCUGGUAUACUGGCUCUGGACAUCAACAGCGCUGACCACAGCAAGAUUUUGACUGGCGGCAAUGAUAAGAAUGCCACCGUGUUCAACAAGGACACGGAACAAGUUGUGGCUAUACUGAAGGGUCAUACCAAAAAGAUCACCAAGGUCAUCUACCAUCCGAAUGAGGAUACUGUCAUCACCGGCUCACCAGACAUGAACAUACGCAUUUGGCAUGUUCCCACCUCGCAGACGCAGCUCCUGUUGCGCUGCCAUGAGGGACCCGUCACUGGCCUCUCGCUGCAUCCCACUGGCGACUACUUGCUGUCCACCUCGUCGGACAAGCACUGGGCCUUCUCAGACAUACGCACUGGACGCCUCCUCACGAAGGUCAUCGACACGGCCGAGGUGGGCCUGACCACGGCUCAAUUUCAUCCUGAUGGCUUGAUCUUUGGCACAGGCACCGUCGACUCGCAAGUGAAAAUCUGGGAUCUGAAGGAGCAAAGCAAUGUAGCCAACUUUCCUGGCCAUACCGGACCCAUCUCUGGUAUAUCCUUCUCGGAGAACGGUUACUAUCUGGCCACAGCUGCUGACGAUGCUUGCGUGAAGCUCUGGGAUUUGCGUAAACUAAAGAACUUCAAGACCAUACAACUGGACGAUGGCUAUGAGGUUAAGGACCUGUGCUUCGAUCAAAGCGGCACAUAUCUAGCCAUUGCCGGCACGGAUGUUAGGGUUUACUUGUGCAAACAGUGGCAGGAUCUGAAGGUAUUCAAUGACCAUACGGCCCUCGCAACCGGCGUAAGAUUUGGCAGACAUGCGCAAUAUAUUGCCUCCACCAGCAUGGAUCGUACUUUGAAGUUAUAUGCCAUCGAAUAAUCAAGUUGGGCUAUUUAACUUAUAGACAUCGGAGCUCAACAUAGCCAUAAGUGCAACAUUUAUAUAAAUCUAAUUGUAUACAUAUUUAACUAUUUCCUUUUGUGCGUAAACUUCAAUUUCUGCGUAAAUAAACCAGACUUCUUUAUUUCCGAUCCAAAA